AUGGGCCACUCCUCCCAGCGGCAAGUGGAAAUCGAAGAUGUCAUGGGCUCCCACAGGCCACAGCCGGGCUCCUCACCCCCAGCACCCAGCUCUCUACGGCAGGUCCGGGAGGGCUGGGACUUCGGGGAGCCCUCCCCACCAAACCUGCUGUUGGCCCAGGAGAGCCCCAGACGCUCCCGGAGACUGCAGCCUCCUGUGGUUGGGCUGGGAGCCGGACCACACUGUGGAAAAUACCUUUGCAGACGCGGCACCCGAGUGCACACACCGACCACCGCAUGUGCUUUUCUGCCCGGAAUCCCUGGGGUGGACGCAUGUUUUAUGGGUGUUUCCAGGAGCGUGCGUGCACCUCCAGACAGGGAGCUGACGGGCAGGGGUGGCAGCAGCAGCUCUAGCCUUGGGGAGACGAGUCUCUCUCAGCCACGCCAGGGGAAAAGAGAGUUAAGGACACUCACCCCCACCCACGCACACACACAAGGCAGCGUCGGGUGGGAGAGAGAAGGCUGUUUCUCCUUCUGUAGCCUGGGUCUCCGACCGGCCUUCCCCGGUGCUGAGCAAGACACCAGUUGCCGGGUGAAGGGCCACAGCGGGCCAGGCCCCGACCCUGUCGUGACCCACCUGGGCACCUUCCCGGACCAGCUCUGCCUCCCCUGCCCUCCUGUCUCCAGGAAGGAGCCAGAACACUCACCCCUCUCCCACUCUCCCCAGGGGUAA